AUGAAAAGAGAUUACAUACUUAUUCAACAACUUAAAAAAAUCUACAAUAAUCUUCCAAACUCUAAAUUGUAUAAUAGUUAUGAUACUAGCAAAAUUAAAUAUAUAGACAUUCAACCUCUUUCUAUGGAAAAAAUUGAAGUUAUAGAAUUAGAUGAAAAUCCCCAGAAUAAUGAAACAGAAAUCUUAUUAGAUCAAUCUCCUUUUACUUCUCAAAAUAACAAUCCAAUGAAAAGUACAGUAUCAGAUUUACUAUUACUUCAACCACCAGCGUACAUCACAAACAAUACUAAAACACAACUAUUAACCAAUCAAUUAACAUCAACAAAUAGUGUUAUUCCUAAUAUUUCUUCAAAACAACUACUUCCUACAAAUGGAAAUAUUCUUCCACCUUCAUCAAUCCAUCCAGUAUUAAAGGUUAGAAAAAGUGAUUCAAGAAUGAAACAACUUAAGUUUGAUAUACAACAACCAAAUAUAAAUACUAUUAAAAAAGAUUCUGAUGUUCUAACUCAAACUACAAAACAACCAUCAAAAAAGUCUAAUGUAUUUAAUAUUGAUUUAAGUCUAAUACAAGAAAAACCAAUAGUUAUUGAUGAUGAUAAUGACUCUUUUAUUCAAAUCAAUGACAAAGGAGAAGAAGUUAUUGAUUUAUCAGCAAUAGAUCAAAUUAGCCAAGAUGAUGAUACUAAAACAAAAGAUUUGAUUAAAAUUCUUGAAUCUGAAGUUCAUAAUUAUUCAACAAUUCAUUAA